AUGCGGGCAGUCAUCCAACGAGUCACCUCGGCCUCAGUCACCGUCAACCAGACCGAGAUCUCGCGGAUCGGGAAAGGCCUGUGCGUCUUGGUCGGCCUCGGAACCGAUGAUACGCCGAAAGAGCUCGAGUACAUCGUCUCGAAGAUCCUCUCCUUGCGCCUGUUCCCAUCCCCGCCCGGCCCCAACGCGCCGACCACCCCGCCAUCCAAUACCCCGACCGACCCGGCAGGAGACACACCAUCCAGCCACAACCCUGAUCCUCGUCCUCCCGCUGGCCAAGUGGAAGACCAUGAGCCGCCGAAAGAAUGGCGCCAAAGCGUCAGGGAUAUUCACGGAGAGGUCUUGAUCGUGAGUCAAUUCACUUUGAUGGCCAAGACGAAAAAAGGCAACAAGCCUGACUUCCACAACGCCAUGAAGACUGAGUCAUCGAAAGCGAUGUAUGGAGAGCUGAUCAAAUCGAUCAAAUCGGCAUACUCUGCGGAUCUAAUAAAAGAGGGACAGUUCGGGGCAAUGAUGGACGUGAAGAUCUCGAACGAUGGGCCGGUUACAAUCAUCCUGGACACAAAUGAUAAAUGA